AUGCUAACUCUGAUAUUUGCUUCUUUAAAAAUUUUAGAGCAACCAUGGCUUGUUUCGUCACAACAUAUAAGGUAAGCACCAAUGAAAUAUAUGUUAGCUGUGUGCUUUCUUUUUCCCGCAAUUAUAAGAAUUAUUAUUAUACAUGUAUAUAAUUCCAUUGAAAUGUGUAAAUUCUGUUUUCCAAAGCAACAGUCUUGGAUUUGAAGAUUUCACUUCUAUGACAGAAACUCCAAUAUUGAGUGAAAUGAAAUGUAAAAACACAUUUUUUCAAUUCACCUUUUUUCCCAUUAAUCUUUUGAAUUUCGUCCAAAAUGUGAUAAAAGACUAGUGGAAGUUGAUAAUCUUUAUGUCAGUUACUUCUGGUAGUUUUCAAUCAAUUUCAUCUAACAAAGAUUUCCUCUUUCAGUUUGUAUAAUGCAUAAAACCACUAUAUGCUCCCUGUUAAAGAAAGAUGUCUCUGGCCAGUGAACAGAGUGUCCUUUCCUGUCUUGUCCUAUCCUGUCCAGGUGUCUGCUUCCUGUGGUCUCCCCCAACUUCUUCCCCAGUGCUCUUGCUUUGUUUCAAUGCAGUGUUUCUAAAAAGAGUCACAUUUAGUAUUAUAAUUUGUAUCACCUGUUGCCUUUGCACUACUUAAUGUGCCCUUAGGGUGGACUAGAUGGGGUCUUGGGGUGUUGUAAUCAUGAUUGUAAAUAGCACGCAUAUUCCUGGGGUCUGAGGUGCUUCACAGUAGUACUAUAUAUAUAAAAGUUGAAUAAUAUUAUGUUUAUUGUUAUAGCAAGAGUAAAAAUAAUAAAGCCACUUACAUUUUAUUCUUAUUACUCCAACUGUUAAAAAAAAGCCACUGAAUAACUAGAAAUACUUGUAUUGCAAAAUCUCACAAAGGGCUGGCCGGCGGUAGGAAUCAAGGGAAAACAAGCCAAGACAAAAGAUAUGUAUGAUGAAAAGGAAAACAAAACAGAAAAAGACCAAAAACAAAAGCAGCCAUAUUUCAACAACAAGAAUGAACCAAAGUAAAUAAAAGCAGUUUAGCUGUGAGUCAAAGUAGACUCCUAGACCACCACAUGAAGUUGGAAAAUGAACAAAAAUAUGAUAAUAAAUAUAUUCAAAAGUAGGUUUAGUUUGAACGUCUGGGUGAACAUAGUCCUGAAUAGGACUGUUGUUGUUGACAGUGACUGACGUUUCGACAACCUGUGCGGUAGUCAUCUUCAGAGUCAAAGUGAGUUGUACCCCGUCAGUUGACGGUAUUAUACUCUGGGUAUUGAUCUGAUUGGUCAAUUAUGUUGUGAUGUUAUUGGUCGUCUGUCAGUUAAGCCGUGAUGUUAUUGGCUAUGAAGACUCAUAAUCAGUAAUUGGUGCGUUUCGAUCCGUCUGUUGUCACAGUUAAACAGUUGUCUAUUGUUAGUCAAAUUGUCAGUUCUCCAGUCAUUCUCUCAUAGUUAGUUUUGCUUGAUCUCGUCAAUAAGUCAUUUGUACGGCACUGGUAACUGUUGGCUUUGAUUCAGUGGCACUUGUUCCAAGUUAGUAAACCAGCUUUCUAAAGUGAGACUUUGAUAGUAGUCUGUAGAAUACGUUAUACAUGUCGCAGAGUCCCAGUCAAUUUGAUGUUUCAUCUGCAAAUGGUGCUCAGCAAUGUGAUUGUUGAUGUCACCAUUCCUCGUCUCUCGUUUGCGUUCGGUCAGUCGCGUGCUUAGGUUUCUGCCGCUUUCACCAAUGUAAGAAGCCUGGCAGUCGCAGCAUUUGAUCUUGUAUACUGCUCCCUGUCUGUCCUUCGGUUUGUCUUUGUCCUUAUUGACUUACUUGUUGACGAGAUCAAGCAAAACUAACUACGAGAGAACGACUGGAGAACUGACAAUAUUUAUUUCACUAACAAUAGACGACUAUUUAACUGUGGCAACAGACGGAUCGAAACACACUAAUUACUGAUUACAAGUCUUCAUAGCCAAUAACUUAACUGACAGACGACCAAUAACAUCGUGACGUAAUUGACCAAUCAGAUCAAUAACCAGAGUAUAAUACCAUCAACUGAUGUAAUACAACUCACUUUGACUCUGAAGAUGACUACCGCACAGGUUGUCGAAACGUCAGUCACUAUCAACAGCAACAGUCCUAUUCAGGACUAUGUUCACCCGGACGAUCAAACUCAACCGACUUUUGAAAUGACUCCUGGGUUCAAACCUUUCACAAUAAAUAUAUUAUUUAAAACACUUUUGGGUGGAAAUUCUGCCAGUAGGUCUAUGUUGUGGUUCAAUUUUAUCAUUGGUUUAAAUUUUCUUUUCUUUUGUUUUUGGGUAUGAUAAUGUAUGAUAAUAAUGACUUUGAAACAAAAGAAAAGAAAAUUUAAACCAAGGAUAAAAUUGAACCACAACAGAUACACCUAAUUGCAAUAGCAUUGUCAUAGAGAAUUGAAGAAUGCUAAAAUAUGGGAAUAAAUUGGACAGGCUCCAAACAUCUGACCUGCAUUGAUCAAUUUACCUUCUCUGAACUCAAUUGAUGUCAAAUUGAAGUAUUAUACAGUACUGCAGUGGUCGGGAUUAUCACUCAAAACAUAAUUUGCAUGGCUAUAUAAUUAAUUCCUACUUCAAUUGGCAGUUUUCUUUUUCUGUUUCUGCUUUUUUGUGAUAAUGUUUUAAUUAUUUUAGUACGUGGUGAUCAUUAUAGCUUACUGACUUGUCAGAGACAUGAAAGUAAAAAAAUAUAAAGCACUGAUAAACAUUUUCUCAUAUUAGGCAUGGAUGUUUUUUAUCCAGUUCCUUUGCCACCACAAGCCAUGGUGUGGAGUCAAAUAAAAGUCUACAAUGUCGAGGUGUAACUGAUAGAUCAGCAUGUAUGUGGAAAGCAGCCCAUAGUUGCCAGCUUAACAUUCUGUUAGGUUCCAAGUUUACUCAGAGAAUAGCAGGAUAUCAGCCAGGUGUUAGUUCAUAUAAUGGACCAGGUAUUUUAUAUCCAGAGCUUAAAGGACUAGUGCGACAAGGUCUGCCUGCAGUCAGUGGAACUUUAAACCGAAAAUUUUUCAGUUGUGAACCUUUAUUUCAUGUAGAAAAUAUAUUUUUUCAACCCUUGCCAUUUGUCCACCAAAAAAGAACAGUUUUUACCAGCAGAAGUUAUUUUGACCCAUUACAUCAUAAAACUACAAAGAAUGUUAAACUGUGGCCAGGUGAAGAAGAAAAGUCUAAGGUUGAAGAGGCUGUUGAAGCCAUAAAAAAGAAAAAAGAAAAACUAAAAGAAAAAGCAUUUCGGAUGGAAUGCAGCCCAGAAGAUGUUGAACCAAUGGUUACUGUUGCUCCAGCCCCAAAGAAGACUUUAUGGGAGAGAACAAAACAUGAAGUUGCACAUUAUUACAAUGGAUUUAAGUUACUUUUUCUUGAGACAAGAAUUGCUGCUCGCUUAUUAUGGCAAGUUAUGAAUGGGAAGAUGUUGACAAGAAGAGAGAGACGACAGGUGAGUUGCGACACAAACACACAAAUAUGAAGUUCAUCGAAUGGUUUUGUUUAAUCUAGAAAUGAAACAAUUCUAACAACCACUAGAUGUAUUAAAAGUCUGAAAGGGGUGUAGUUUUGAAGUACUGGGUGGUAAUAGUUAUGUUAUGUUAGUUAUGUAAGAAUUAAAUAAAGAGCACAACAUCAAUAGCACCGGUAAAGCUUAAUUGUAUGAAACACUCAAUAACAUGUUUUGGCCACUUAGUGCAUUAAUUUUUUCACUACCAGGCCACUAAGCAUUAAUUUUUGCAUGCAUUCUUGUUCUAAUGUAUAAUAUAAAUUUAGUCAUGCAUGGAUUCAUCCAAUUUUUCUCUCUAACUCGCAAAAUAAAGCUUGGAAAAAGAUUAAGGUCUCUUUUAAUUGUACCAAUUCAAAUUAUGGCGUCAUUGUAAGUACUACAAUAAACUACUUCAUAAAUAUGUGUGAUUUUUAAAGAAAAAAAUAUCUAAAAGAUAAUCUUAAAAGGACAAAAAAUGUAAAGAAAAAUAUCUACCUCUACAAGUGUAGUGAGUAACAGGUUUGGUCGCUAUUCUUUCCAAAAAUUUAAUUCUUAAGUGUUAUUAUAAUACACCUGGGUACUUACUGUUAAGUUUCUGAGUACUGUGCUGUUUUUUAUACCUGUUUAGUUCCUUCGCACAGCAGCUGAUAUAUUCAGAUUGGUUCCAUUCCUGGUGUUUCUUUUAAUCCCAUUUAUGGAGUUCAUGCUGCCAGUGGUCAUCAAGCUUUUUCCUAAUAUGUUACCAAGCACAUUUGAGGACAAAUCAAAGAAGGUAUUGAAAAUGGAUAGAUAAUGUACCCAGUUAAAAGCAAGGUUGUUUGUUAGUUUUCUAAAUUCAUUUUUAUCUGCCCAUUCAUUACUAGGAGGAGAACAAAAAGAAACAGCUAAAAGUAAAAAUUCAGAUGGCAAAGUUCUUGCAGGACACUGUUGAAGAAAUGGCUGUAACAGCGAAACAAAAGAAAACACAGGAAGUUGUUGCUGACUUUGCAAACUUCUUUGAAAAGGUAAUAUAAAUAAUAAAGAGCAUCUCAAAAGAGUUACAAUAAUGAACCUACUAAAUGGCUCUGGUUCUAUGAGUCUUUGCAUAACUAAUUAAGGGGAUAGAGCGUGCACCUACAUGUACUGACCUAUUCCACACUCUUUUGGGGGGUCAAGAAUUUUUGUCUGCUCCACACUGGUAACAGAACAUUUGGUCAUUAUGUCUACCUGUACAUUUUCUAAGUGGAAUACUGAUCAUGACCUAAUUAUAAAGAUUUUUUUAUCUUCCAGAAAAGAAUUUAUUUACACACUCUCAACACCAGGAGGGUACCCUGCUGACAGAGCAAAAUAUGGGGCAAAAAUUAAACCCCCCCCCUCCCCCAAAAUCCCUUAGACCUUCAAACAAAACCCAAAAAAUCCUGGGACCAAAAAUUAACCCCCCAAAAAAUCCCAUGCCCAAUUUCCGAGCCUUAAAAAUUUCCAGAAAGCAUUAAAUGAUAUGACGCGAAAAAUAAAAACGUAAGAAAUUGAACAUCAAGUGUUUGUUUAUUCAUCUUACCAUCUGAAGUUAGUUUGUAUAUUAAGAUGGCCUGAACCUAUUUAUAUGCGUGAUGUUUUUUGAUCGCAUUUUUAAGCAGGACAGAUUUAACCAAUUUGUGUGAUUUUUGGUGUCCUUAUUAACGAAUGGUCAAACUUUAAGAAAAUGUUAAUGUAUUUUCUUGUAGCUAUAAAAAUGUUUGAGAUAUCGGCAUAUAUUUUUAACCAAUAUUUUCACAAAAAAUGUAAAUAACUUCGAAAUCCCACUACAGAUUUUUCCCAAACUUCAGCAAAUAGGCCUCAGACCUCUCUAGUUUUAUGUGUAUAGCUCCAAGUUUAAUGUCAAUUGUGACUAUACAACUUGCUGCGCAAAAUGCUUGUCAAAUUUAAUCUUAAAAUGCUACACUAACACAUUGUGGAAGGUGAUGCACAAAAUAAAUACUAGAAGACUGCCAAAAGACUAUCUCCUAUCUGAAAGGGUAUUAAUUCUUACCCAAAGCCUUACUGGAAGAAACUAAGUGAUCAGAAACCUAUGAUGAAUACAGUCAGUUAGCACUACAAGAAGAAAAACUUUAUGCUGAACGUGGGCUGAGAUUAAAGAACCUCUGUUUAUCAAACCUACUUUGUAUUUGUCACUUUCUUUUCGAAACAAAUGUUAACAAAGCAAAAUAUAGCAUCUAUGGAAAUCUCCUACCAGUUUUCAGCGUCGCGGGUUUGCAGUUUGCGGAGAAAUGAAGCCAACAACUCCUGUACUUCUACCCAUCCAUUUUUAGUUGCAAUUGGAACCCUUGUACUUGGUAAUUUAUUCAGAUUCAGUUUGCCGUUGUUGAUAAUGAAACAAAUAAGACGAUUGUCAUUUUGUUAUUAUCUUUAUCCCAAGUGGCAAAAUUCACGCACGAAUGUGAUGGCAAACACAUCUGUAUUGUGGCAUUUAACAUUUUAACAUGUGACACUCUUUAAUUAUAACUAACUGUACUAGAUUCGUCGGAAAGGAGAGCAACCCAGCAAUGAAGACAUCCUACGGUUUUCCAAGCUGUUUGAAGAUCAAAUUACUUUGGACAACAUGAGCCGAGCUCAACUUAAAGCAAUUAACAGGCUAUUGACUUUGCCAACCAUCGGAACAAACAACUACUUGAGAUUUCAGCUACGGAUGAAGCUACGGCAGCUCAAGGCUGAUGAUCUGGUAAGUGCAAAACUCUAGAACCCUGACUUCAUUGUUUCUAUUUUCCCUGUCUGAAUUAAACAUGUAAGUUGUUUCUUACCUGUUGAUCAGCUGAUCUAAUGGGAUGUUAACUACAAGUAAUAUUCAUGGCUUCCAGUAUGAAAAUUGCAACUCUCUUAAGAUGACAAUGAUCUUUGAAUGAGAAAUUGUUAGUGUUAAGUUAAAGCAUCAAUCUGUCUACUGGAUGGAAUGACUUGAAAUAUUACUCAUACCGUGUAUGUUAUUAACCAUAUAAUUAUGAUUGUGACUUACUUUGGAUGACACAGAUGAAUGUUGAUGUACGUAAGGUUUGUGGUUAUAUUUCACUGGACAGCAGAUAAAAAAGAAUUGAAUGAACUAGGAGAUAAAAAGACAGUUAUAGAAAAUACAGACUACAGUCUUCCCCCCACCCCACCCCCCCCUUACUUCAUUGUACAGUGAGGUAUCCUCUGAGUCUCAGUGGUAAUGAGUGCAUUGCAUUUUUGUUUCAUUUGUUAAUAGUUAAUACAGAGGGAAGGUGUUGAUAGUCUAACAGAACAGGAAUUGCAGUCAGCUUGCCAGGCUCGUGGUAUGAGAGCUAUUGGUGUUCCAGCAGCCAGACUAAGAUCUCAACUUCGUCAGGUACAAAUCAUCAAAUUGUAGUCUAUGAAAAAUACUGUAAAGAGAUCAAUUCACCCAUUUUAUUUCCCCCAAUAUACAGGGUGUUACAUUCAGUCAGGUAAAACUUUGAAAUGACUUACUGUUGAUAAGCCUCUAAUAGUUCUGUUCAGUGAAAGAAAAAUGCAAAAGGCUAUUUUGCAUGGAAAAAGGCUUAAAGUUCUUAAGAAUCAGCUAAACAGCUUUGUCCAUGGAUGUUGAGGCUCAGAUAAGAUUGUGGGUUAUUAAAUUUUGUGAGAUGAAACCUGAAAAUGGAGGAAUGACAGUCAUAAGUUGUUUACCACCAAGUAAACUACCUACUGUUACUUUCCCAAGCAUUCUUGCCCCAAACAAAAUACAUGAAAAUUGCAUCUCUGGAGGUCUAAGAUUUGGUGUUCAAAAAUUUCAUCGGGGAGCAUGCGCUUGGGGCCUCCUAGAAGUUCUGCAGCCCUGCCAGCCCUUGCCCUCAGCCGCCUGCAGUGGCUUUUAAGAGUUUUUGGAACUAGACAUAAUUAAUUAAGACUGUGGUGACAUGAGAAACAUUUUGGGAAAACUUUUGGGAUUGUAGGAUCAGAUAGAAGUAAUUGCAUGUGGGUAGUGGAACAAUUUUCUUUGGAAUCUUUGGAUUGACACCACAUGUUUUUUUUUUGGCAUGGCAUAUGCAAGGAAUGAGUAUUUGUAAUGAAGAAACAGGCAAUGUUUGAUGAAAAGGCUAAGAAGGGGUAAAUUAAGGUUGUUAAUAACUCUUUGAAAAUAUUUUAAAUGAAUAAUAAAAUGCAAUAUUAUUGAAUCAACUUUCAUAUGUGAACAGUUAUGCAAAUUUCAGAGGCUUUUAUCCACCUCAUGCUUUCCACCUUCCCUCUUUGAUCUGCAUAAUUUUAUUCCUUUCGUAUCAUCGUCUUAGCCUCAAUUAAUGAAAUAAAUACUUUCUCCACCAAUAUAAUGAUGGAAGAUUAAACACUUAAUGACUAGUCCCAAGGGAAACAGUUAAUGUUGUUUCUUGAGAAUCUCAUUGAGAUUCAAGAGAAACAAAAUUAACUGUCCCCCGAGGGACAAGUCCUUAAGUGAUUUGUUAGAUAGCUGGAAAUUCAUUAAACCUCGCCGUAAUGGCGGUUGUUGGUCAACAUUUGUGGGUAGCAGGGUACUGUUGCCCUGUAACAUCAUGGAUUUUGUGAUGUUGCCCACUCAGAGAUUUUGGCAGGAAACAGUUUUAUUGUUAGAUGUCAUGUCACAUCAAAGUAACCAAUGAAAGCACGCACCAUUGGGAAGAAUUUUCAGCUAUAUAACAAAAACAGAACUUUAUUUGUUACUCUUAUUAUUGCAGUGGUUGGAGUUGCACCUAGAUGAACAAAUCCCCGCAUCUCUUUUGCUUAUGUCACGAGCACUAUAUCUACCAGAGAAUGUCAGCCAAGUUGAUCAGCUGAAAGAAACAUUAUCACAACUGCCUGAAACCUUGGUAUGUAUAGUGUUAAGUUUCCAAAGAAAUUGUGAUAAAUGACAUGACUGACAGUAAAUCACCAAUCAGGAGCUCUGUUGCGAACCAAUAAGAGUUUUUUCAGAAUUAAGGGGUUUGUCUAAAAGAAUUUGCUCACACAGGCACGUUUAUUACUGUUCCCUCUUCCUUCUACUACUUAGAAACCUUGGUGUUAGCUUCUUAACAGGCUAAUUUGUGGAAAGUGCUGUCCUGUUCACUUGUUAGAUAACUAGUUACUGCUGUUUGUGCCUAUGGAGCUCCCAUGUGAACAAUGGGAUUGUUUAGGCUUCUGUAAUAUUGGAGUACUGAUUCUGAGUAUUUCAUGUAAAUAAUGUGUUCAUAGGUAGAAGAGGCUGAAAUAAAAAUCUGUGAAGUGUCUGGUGAGAAAGUUGACAAUAAAGUUCGCUUGGAUGUGCUAAAGAAAGAAGAGCAGAUGAUUGCUGAGGAAAAAGAAGAACUUCUUCAAGAGGAAGAGGAAAAAAGGAAAAAAGUGUGUAUAAUUAAUAAUCUUUCCCCCACAAAAUUACACACUGGGGGUACUUAAUUCUUUUGAUCCUUUAUAAACACACAGACGACAUUCAAUUUUAUUGGCAUAAAGACAUAAAACCACUAGUUUCUAUGUUCAUGAUUUAGUUACUUUUUGCUUGGAGAGGAGAGGGGAAGAAUUUCUCAACUUUGUGGGAAAUGGUUCACUCUGUUCCACUAUGACUGUUUCCUUUGGCUGUCCAGCAUGACAUGGGUAACUUUAAGACAGUCUUUAUAAUUAGAACAUUCCUUUUGCUCUUUUUUAGCAAUGACUAUAUUAACAUAUAAUUAAAUAAUUUUGAUACUUUAAGACAAUCGUCUUACGGCAAGGAGCCCAAAAGUAUGACCUCCUUUAAUUAACACACAGUUUUUCAUGCAGACAUUAACCAAUCAGAAGUCGACAACAGUUUCCACCUGGCUUCUGAUUGGAUUAAAUCUGCACGAAAGAAUACGAAUAAAUCAAAAGCGGUCACACUUUUGGGCCCCUUGCUGUAAUUAGGGGUGCCUUGUUUCUGUUUCAUAUCAGUAUCUUUUAAAUACAUGUAUUUUUGAACACGUCUUAUUGAUAAGAGUAUUCUUUCAACAGAUUGAAACCAUCGCUGCUGAAAUUUUAGAAGUAAGUGUGAUUGUGAUAUAUUGACUGAAAAACAGAAAUGUUUUGGUAACCUUAUUCAGUAAUUACUUUUAUAGAAGCGGAUACAAAACAUUGUAAUUAAGCGACUAAUUUAUGUGAAACAGGUGUAGAACUAAAGCAAAAUUUUGAUGUAUCAGCCAACUUUCCACGGUCUUUUUGAUUCAUGCACCUAAAAUUACUAUCUGGAAAUAGAGUUUUACUCUUGUUUUAAAACAAAUUUUUCUCAGGUAAGGAACUCAACUAAACACAUCAAUAUCUCGCUAAAAGGAAGAUAAAGGUCAAUAAAUUGCAUUUGGUUUGCCUCAUGGGUCAGAUGGAUAGGACGAAAUAGGCAAAUCCUAAACAGCUACUGGUAUCUGUCUUUCUUUAUGUGUUCCCACAACAACUUCUCCAUCAGAGUGGGGAGGAUAAGGGGGCAUUCUUACACCAAGUUCUUUAAUAGCAGCUGUAGCCUGCGUAGCUGGCGGUAUUGUGUGGGUGCGAGGUUAAAGUUUUGGCGGCGGAGCCUUGUUCCAUAAAAAAGGAGUAGGGACGAAGCGGUUGAAAUAUUACAACGGCUCCGCCGCCAAAUCUCACUCGACUACUACACAAUACCGCCAGCUACGCAGGCUAGCGCAGCUGCAAAGGGUUAGGGUUCCAAUCCUUGAAUGCUGAAAGGAUUAGUCUGGUAUUUUCAUAGAUUUCAUAAUAUCAGAUUUCUUGACAGAUACUUGAAAAGUGCAACUAUGGAGUUAUAGCCUUUAAAAACCAACAUUAGGCGCUGAUCAGUUUAACACAUUAAUUGAUCUUAACGGUAACUGGCUUGACUAGAUGUUCAGUCUAUGUAUGAAAAAUGUUCAUGUAGUGCAGAUUAUUGUUAGUGAAUGUAAUUUUUGAUAUAGGUAUCAUUUCUUUUGUUGUUUUUUCAUUCUCGUUCUACAACGGAGCCAGGACCAAACCAUGGUCUUAAGGCGUCCAAGGAAUGGUCUCUCUCAUUCAUUAUUAAUACUUCCCACAAGAUGUGGAGUGUGGUCUUCUGGGGACUGAUGUUUCCUGGGAUUUAUUGGAUUCCCAAUUUUUUUUCCUUUAUCACUCCAAAGGGUCCUAGGAUUAAAGGGAACUUGGACAGCUUUUCUAAGUGUUUCUGCCAGAUGGUACAGCUGUAUUCAAUAAGCAUGUCGCCAGUUAUUGAACUGAAAUUUUUCCUGACCAGUUCAAUGAAGUGACUUCAACACGGCACCAUUAUCAUUAAUAUUACGAAUACUUCAAUUUUAGGAUAAAGCUCCAGAAGUCAAACCAACAGCGGUCGAAGAUAUUUCUCAGGAGGACUGGUUAUCAAUUAAAGAAAGUCUUGCUCUGGCCAGUGAAAGAGAUGAACUAGAGAAGAUCAAAGAAGACAGAGUUGAAUAUCAAGAGGUAAACUCUGGUUUGCACCAACAUUACCCGUCAGGAUUAGAGAAAUCUUAAAACAAGUUUAGUUUGUAGAGAAUGUAUUAAAAUGAACAACAAGCAUGACUUUUAUGUAAGGCAUGUUUUGAUCGAUCUUAGAUCACCUUCAGUGCAAGGUUGAAUACUGGAGAUUUAAAACGAUCAAAAUGAGAUAGCUGAUGAGAUGUAAAAUGGUGAUGCGUGAUGUGAAUUUACACUGACAUAUACUACUCGUGAUAAACUGUAGAUGUAUUUAAAGGGAACCUCCACUUCAACAAAAAGAUAACUUUAAAUCACAGGAAAUAACUGUUACAGUCAAGUCAAUCUAAAAUAUUUUUAAAGAAAGCGUUUGUAUCCGAAAGAAAUAACUUUUAGAUUCGCCUAUUUUUGUUUUCAAAUUUUGCGGGCGUCGCCAAAAUAAUUGUGACGAAUCAAAAACAAAAAGCUGUGUCAGAACAAUAGCCAUAACGCGAUGAUUAUUCAAAAUGGUGAUGCGUGAAAGUGAAAAUAAGCGAUUUUAAAAUUCACUUUUCCUGAUAUAAACACUUUUUUAAAGACAAAUUUCAAACAAAUUUGUUUAUCAACAUAAUUUUAUUCGAUUUAAACUUAUUCUGUAGUAAGAGUGGAGGUUCCCUUUAACAAUUAUUCCUCGAGCCCGAAUGGGCUCUGAGUCAAUAGCGGGCUAUUGACUCAGAGGCCAUGAGGGCGAGAGGAAUAAUUGUUUUAGUAAAAUCCAACCUUUUGGUCAAAAAUAUCGAGUCCAAACAACUUAAGCUAGCAAAACGCGAUUCAGCCGCCGUUGUUUUGGUUUUCAAAGCCGGCGCUUUUCGCUACUGGUGGACUAUAACAUAUAGCCUAGUAGUAGCUCAACCAAUCAGAACGCAGCAUUGAUAAUAGACCAGUAAUUGGAUUUUACUAAAGAAUUUUAACCAUGUAGGUAGGGAACUUCUAUAAUCUUAUAUUUUAUCGGCGUUGUCCACAUUUUCGACAGUUACAAAUUAGGCUAACCAACACUUUUUAGGAAAACUGAUUAAUUCUGAGUUUUGCACCGUCAUUUGUCUCAGUUAUUUGUCAUUUAGCGCUUCUUUUAAGAGCGUAGAGUGUAGGUUAAAACCUUUGCCAAAAAUUAUUUAAUAGUACCUUUGAGUCUGUAAGCAAGCUUGGUCGUUGGGUAGUCAGUCAUAAACUGCCAAUCACUUUACCCGGUGGUCAAAAAUUGGACAGGCAGAUUCACUUUUACAGAAAAUAACAGUAAUCAAAAUUUAUCUUUUUCAAAAACUGGACUGCCGGCUAGUAAUAUAUUUUUAAUAAGGUGUUCAAGUCCCAGCAAAGGCUAUUGUAUCUUUCAAAAUAUUUAUCCUUUUCUGAUUGACCUUUGACCUCGCGACUCCAUUUGCUUGCCUAUUUUGUUUACUCCCUGCAAAUGUUGUACUGAAAAGUAUUCUCAAACAUGACCUGGUGUUUUUCUGUUUGUUUCCUGCUUUGUCUUGUAGGAACUCCGUGAGCUUGCAAAUGAGGAUGAAAAACAGACGCUUAAAGAGUCUGUAGGUUCAUCCCGACUGGGUAGAAAGGUUGAUGCCAUGAUCAACAAAAUUGAGGAUCGACUCAAGCUGAUCGAGUUAGAAAUAGAUGAUCAAUCUUCUGAUCUUCAGCUUGAUGCGGAUGGGUAUGACACUGAUUUGUUUCUUUAUCAUUUGUUUUGUUAUCGUAGCAGUCUCUUUGGAGUGCCUACCGGUAGCUUGCUUGCAGCACAAACUUCUGUCAAAAAUCUGAUUAAAAUGGGGCCGUUCAGUUGUAUAAAGGUACAAAAAGUAGUGGAAAAAAAGCAAAACACACAGCAAAAUCUUGCUACCUUGGCAAAGUUUCACUAGAAUGCAUACUUGGUUUAGACGAAGUUUUCUGAUGUUUAAGCUGCCGUGAUAUGUUCUGGACUGAGCUUUUAUAAGUGAGUUUGAAAUACGUAAUAUCAAAUUUAAGAGCGUUGGAUUUAGAGGAGUGGAUGAUUGACUUUUAGCGAGAUCGCCAUGGUUAUGGCUUCUAAAAUAAUGUGUUGUUUGUAAAUUGUUAGCUUGCACUGACAAGCCUUUCACUCCUGGGCGAAGUUAUGGCGGAAUGAUUUGUCACUCUUACUUCAGUGACAUCUGAGUGGAUGAGAUCCUAUGCUGAUUUGAGCCAGUAGGAGCUUUUUCUGUUUGGUUUUAUGCCCAUUGUCCCAUGUUGCAGAGAUUUAAUGAUGAUUUAUAUUCUCCACAAGUUUACAGAAGUCUCCAGAAGAGUAUUAAUAGGGACUUUAAGCAAAGACUACGGAAGGUUCUAGUACGGACACGGUGACCGGAAGCAAUUUUUUUUUUUUCGCCACCCGUCAAUGCAUCAAGUCAGGGAGUUUAAGAUACCAAGACGGCGGCCAUAGCGGUGAAAACGUCCCUUAAAAGUUUAUUCGCGUUCUUUCAUUCCUUAUCGUGAUUAUUCCAACUUGUUUACUUUGUACAAAUGUUGGCGAACUCUCCUGAGGUUGAAGCCGUGCAGUGACCCCCCACGGCAAGAAAAUGUUUAAAAAAAAGGGCGAUGCAUGGGCAAAUUCAGGGCUUGCUUGUGUUUUAUCAGUCUUAUUCACACCUCCACUUGGUGAUAUGAUAUCCCUUAUGAAAUAUCUUCUUUCCCGUCAACUAUAUAUUGCGUAUUUCGCUGUAUUUCUCACUUGGGUGUCGUGCUUGACACCGAAAUUUGGGGCUCAUAAUCGAAAAAUGAGCCUUCAGAAAUUUCCAAGGAAGAUCAAAAAAGGAUAAAAUGCGAAUAUCUUGCGAUUCUGUUCCAAAUGUAUACUGGCGUUCUAAGCACGUAAAAUACAACUAAAUACUGUACGUACUAGACUCUACGAUAUGAUUUUCUAUUUAUUCGGGAAGCACAGUACGGCCAGUCAAUAAGUUAAAUUAGCAGGUCAACAACUUUGCACGUGCCUCAUAUUGUUUUAUCAACAUUUCUUUGCCAUCACUGCACGACCACUACGUGAGAAUGCCUAAUUUUACGUUUUAUUGAGGAGGUAAGCAAACGAAGACGAACUUUUUUCCUCUAUGAGUUUGCUUACAUUUGACAAAAUAAGGGACUUGUAAUAAUCGCGAAAAGGUUUGAAAGAAUGCGAAUCAACUUUUUACUAAAAAGGGACGUUUUGACCGCUGUCGCCCGUCGUGGCACCUCAUACUUGAGGUAUUGACGCGUGGCGAGAAAAAGAUACUUCCGGUCACCGUACUAGACCCUUCAGUAGACGUUGCUUUAAGUCCCUGAUAUCCAAGGCUUGGUUAAGGCUUGGAAAAUUAUAACUUAUCCCUAACUAAAGACGCGAAUCCGUUCCCAGGCCUACCUGCUGUACUAACUGGCCAGUCCUUUAGUGACAUAGACAGUUCUCACGGUAGCCAGAAGUGGAAUCCUUUUGAUCCAUUACUUAAUAAGGUUCUAAAUUUCAAGCAGGAUGAUAUUCAUUUUUGAUUGUUCAUUUCUUCCUACAGUGAUGGUAAGAUUAGCUUGCAGGAGAUGAUCUCCGCUGUCCGUAGAUUAAAGAACGCUCCUAGUGAAGCUAAGUGUCAGAAAAUAGCUGAAAUGCUUGACCAGGAUCAUGAUGGCACACUUGAUUUGGAUGAUGUGGAAAUGGUUAGUGCUGAAAAUCAUGUAAUGUAAAGUUGAUGGUGCUGACUGAUUCUGCAUGAAAGUAUGGAUUAUUAUGGAGAACCGUUCCCACCCAGAAUUCAUAGAUAGCGUGACAAGUUUAGGCAUUCUCUCUUAAUAGGAUGUGUUACCGGGAACAAACGGGAACCCUCAACAUUACACCGGAGAGGUGGGGGGCGGGGAGAGGGUGGUUCUCGAUCCAACAGUGUACGCAUUGUAUUCUUUAAGACAGAAAACUAUAAAAUGGAACAGCGAAUAAAUGACAGUUACUGUACUUCGGUAGAGUUAUGUAGCUAUUCCCCCCCCAUCUUUAUGUGUUUAAUUGUUUGUUUAAAAUAAGUCAAUUUGCUUUUCAAAAAAAAGUGGUGACAACAAAGUGAAAGGGCGCUAACAGAUUUGAUGCUGCCUCCUUGAGAACAGAACUAAGUUCUCACUCUAAGAAAUUUAAUUUUUGAUACUUACAAUGUAAUACUAUGUGAAUUAGUUAUAUAUAUAAAAAGGUUUACCGCUAAGUUCUUACUUUUUCAAGGUCUUUUUACGACAUUGUAUGCAAUGUUGUCUUUUUGAAGGUUGUAGAGUUGUUGUCAAUGGAAGAUGUUGACCUUACUCCGAAACAAAUUCAAGACAUCGUCAGCUUACUGGAGAAAGAAAGUAGAUUGCAGCAGGUUGAUGAACAGUCAGUCAAAGAUACAAAGUCAAGCCAGUAACAUUUUACAUUUUCAUGUGGUGUUUUCCACACUUUUAUAAUCGUAAUCAGCUAAAGUGAAUACUACAAUCCUAUUCUUGCGCACUGACCAAUUCCAAAUGUGUAUGAAGUGUUAACCAUGGUCGUGCUUUUUGAGGUGAAAUAAAACCGAAGAAGAUGAUUGGGUUAUUUUGUUCGUCACUUUUUUCUUUUCUUUGAUACGCUUCCCCCUGGAAACAUUCUUCCCAGCUUGUCAGCGAUAGCCUCGUUAAAAUUGCCUGUAAUUUCCGUGGUUGUCUCCACUCUAUUUUGUUUGGUUUACUUGUUAAAUUUGCGCUUUUCCUUUUCCUUUUUCCUUUGGUAGGCUCCACAUUUUAAAAGAACUUUCAAGAGUUC